AUGGGGAGGACUCAAUCUUUUGUGCAUUUAAAGCCCGCGAAUGCGGUUGCUACUGCCAGGGUUGGUGGGAAGUCUCCUAUGCUCAGGGUGCAUUUGGAUCGGUUCCCUAGUGUGAUAGGACACUGUUCGAAUAGGAUUAACAGACGAUACAAUGAGGAUACCUAUGCUAUUAAUAUGUUGAAAUUACCCUCGUUAUCCCAAGAAUUGGCCAUGCUGAGAGAGGGAACAGAUCAAUGCUCUGAAUGGAGGAAGUCGGUGUUAAAUCUUUCGAUCUUUGACGGGCAUGGAGGUCAGGGAAGGGUUUCUAAGAUGCUCUCGGAGCAUUUACACACUUCGAUAGCUACUGCUUCACCGACACAGGAGCAACUGUUCCAGUUGCUCGAGCAAUAUCGAAACUUGAUCGGCGGUGAAUAUUGGGAGGAGUUAUAUGCAGGAAGGGAGGAGUUCUACACGAGGUUCAUUAAAAAUUGUAAUACCAAGCAGGAACAAGUAUUGUAUAAGCCGGAGAACUCGGGUUCGAGGAUGAUAUUUGACAAAUGGGGGAACAUCAUCGACAAGACUAGUUUGUUACACGAGCAGGAGCGACUUAGACUGUAUUACACUUUCUUAAAGUUCGAUCUGGACAGAUGCUGCGGAUUUGCAGAGGCAAAUCUUCCUUUCUCAAAACGGAUCGAGGCAUACUCAGGCGGUUCUACAGCUUCCUCGAUCUUUAUAUCGUCCUAUGAGGAACAGCGAUCGUUCGAUGAGUCCUUUUUCGUCUCGCCAGCGGGUCUGCUCAAGCUUGUUGUAACCCAAGUGGGUGAUACAAAGAUUAUCUUAUGUGACCAGAAUGGCAUCGCACAUAGUUUGACAAAGGCGCACCAUGCAUCAUCAUUGCGGGAGAGUAAUCGGCUGCACUCGAACGCUGCGAUGCAGAAGGAUUCGUUCGGUGAUACGAGGUUUCUCAAUAAUUUUGCCAAUACGAGGUCAUUUGGAGACCUAGUGGCCAAGCCCGAGGGGCUCACAAGCGAACCAGAUAUCUACUCAUAUCUGAUCGGCGGCACAUUGGACCUACCUCAUUCUGAGCGGUCUAAAUUGCAAUUUGGAGGUGACGAGUGCUUCAUUUGCCUGAUCACAGACGGUGUAUCAGAUCUCAUGUCGGACCAAGAACUCGCUGAUCUCAUUACCUCGACAGUAAACCUACGAGGACUCAAAGUGGGCACCCCACAGUACGUCGCAGAGGAAGUAAUCAAAUACAUCAUGGCAAUUGGUGGGAGACACGCAGAUAAUGCUACCUGUCUUAUCCUCAGACUCCCGAACUGGGGGAAUUGGCCCAACCUGGACCGGACUGGCGCCGCCAGAGAGUCAAAACUACUAGAUGCUUCCCAGGGAGACAGAACCGACGACUGA